AUGAUAUCAUCAAUGCUCCGGCCAACUGAUUUCCCCCGGUUGGAUACAGUAACUACCGCCGACCAGAUCCAAAUUCUCAGCCCGCAAUCCGAACGAUCCCCUCUCCGCCUUUGUUCCAACUUCCAACGUUCCAACUUGGAUGUUGUUUGCUUGCUUGCCUAUUUGCUUGCCUACCUUGAUUUGGGACUUGUGCAAUCCAAGACUACAGUCCGGAGCACAGGUCGAUUCGGCUCAGUUUCCUCGAUCAAAACCUGGCCUCCCUUCAUGAAGAGUCCUGUUUCUGUCUUCAGAGAAUUACCUCCGAUUGAACUCGGAUCGCUGCAGGAAGGAAUCCCGCAUCAACAUCCGGAGACUACUCCGUACCUACCAUAUAGACGAUAG